CAAGCCCGAACACUUUCUCUCCUGGAAAUGAGCGUGGUCAGAACCGCUAGGUAACAUUUUCGAGCCAACCAGUUUUUAUCAGUCAGCCGACAUUGUCGUCGGGAUUCAAAGGCCUUCCAGUCUGCUGGAUCGAGCGCUUUUACUGUUUUCUAAUUUAAUGAACUCAUCACUGUCACACCUCUGGAAACGGCUAUUCAUUAGAUUACUCUCGUAAAAAAAUGCAGUUGUCAUGGGUGUGCGCCCUUCUCCUCGGCUGUUUCCUUGCACUUGGCCACGUGACAUCAGCCCCUAGCCCCCAGGAGCCAGCGUUUGAAUUGCCAGUGCAAUUGGUCGGAUUUCCCGUGAUAAUCGCCGCUGUCAGGAUAACCAAUUUUGUCAAGAAACUUGCCUACUCUGUGAAUCCACAGACGUAUACCAGUCGUUUGAAGAGGUCCCUUCCCGAAACUUCUCCAGAAAUAUUUGAUGUAAUACAAGUGGAGAAGAAAUUAGUCUCUGAAAUGGGUGAGAAUGUCUGUAUUUAUGAGAAAAUAUGCGCUAGCCACGCAGAAAUUACGCUGAAACAAGGGCAGAUCCAGGAGAAUCUCGAUUGGGAAGAGAUUUUCAGUCAGUACAAGGCGUCACCGGAUCCUAUGAAGGAAAACUACUUGCUCAGUGUUUUCUUGGGGGACAUUGUUGGUAGCCCGAGGUUGUGUCAUCAACUUGCUAAACGUCGGGCCUGUGAGCAGGCACUCACCGACUGAAGGGAAAGUGAUGACACAUGAUGAUGAUAUAGUCAUGCAGCUCUCUAGGCGAUAGGUGGAGAAACUUCCGUGAAUGUGCUAUAGACAGAACAUGUAAAUAAUUCUCGGUGAAAUAUUUUAGAUUGAAUUUUGUAGUGAUAUAACUCAGGUGUGUUAUGUGUUAAUGUUAAAUAUGAAAUUGUGGUGGAAUAAAUGUGUUCUCUUGUUGAA